CACACGCUUCCCUAACUGACAAGAUCCACGCGCAGAUUCUACGUUUAACUUAACCUUUGGGAGAUUGAAGGACAAAAUAAGGCCUGAAAAUGGCCAACUUUGGAGGACAUGCCAUCCCAGGUUCCUUCUUCUUUCUGUUUGGCGUGUGGCUGACGGUGAAGCAUAUCCUUCAUCACUACUGGAGGGUGCAUCAGCCCAAACGCAGACAAGGGACUCCUCCUUUUCUCAAGAAGAUGCACUACUUUGAGGGAGGAUUACAAAUAUUUGCUGCUUUUGUUGGUAUAAUGGUGGAACAGUUUGUCCCGGAUGGCCCUCAUGCUCGCCUGGUCUCAGGCGGGUCAUGGGUGAAGCUGAUGAACUGGCAGCACUGCACCAUGUAUCUGUACUUUGGGAUUGCAGGGUUUGCACUGGUCGCCUCAACUGCCAUCAAACUGGUGCCUGUUGGGGUGGAUCGCCUCACUCUGUCCAUGGCUCUGUUUGUUGAGGGGUUUCUGUUUUAUUACCACGUGGCCAUGCGCCCUCACCUGGACGCACACAUCCACACUCUGCUGCUAGUGGCUGUGUUUGGGGGUGCGGCCUGCUCUAUGUUGGAGGUCUUCAUAAGACACAACAUCGUUCUGGAGCUGCUGGGGGCGGGGCUCUUCAUCCUGCAGGGCACGUGGUUCUACCAGAUUGGUUUUGUCCUGUAUCCGCUGAGCGGACCCCAGUGGGAGUUAGAGCAACAUGACAACAUCAUGUUUGUCACAAUGUGCUUCUGCUGGCAUUUGGUCAGCGCUGUGCUCCUGGUGACCAGUACUUCCUGUGUGGUGUGGUUCAUGUUGAGGAGAUUCUCUGCAAAUGGACGAGACAUUGAAAUUGGAAUGAGGAACACCUCAUCUGCAUCCAGUUCCCAGAAGUCUUUGCUUCAAGAAUCAGAGGAGGAUUAGGUUCAUUUUACAAGCAUUGUUCUGGAUUAUAUUAUAUUUAAUUCACCAUUUCUCAAGGUCAAUAGAAAGUCAAAAGAUAAUUCAAUCUAUGUAAUAUCUGUGUACUUAUGAACAUUUUGUACAUGUUGUAAAACUAUUAACAAGUUAAGUGUAUUUUUGAAAAUAAAGAGUGAAAGAAUCCAUUCA